AUGAUUCGGUUGCGUGCCAUCACUUGUAAGGCGGUGGAGAGUCGUCCACCACUGUCACCAGAAUGUAAGGGUCAUUAUAAGACUGUAAGAAUUAUAGAAGGGACCUCUAAACAUUGUUUCUCUUUGAUAAUCCACACAUUUAUCAAGGGAUAUACUCAGGUCCUUAAGACUGCUGAUACUGCAGAUACCAUCGGAGACGAACACAAUACUCAAGCCUCAGGUAACCAGAACUCCUCAAGGACGUGUCAGCCAGGACCAUUCACCAUCGCCUUCAGAAAGACCGACUCGGCGCGUAUGAAUCUCCUCAAGCGCACAUUGACAACGGCGUCGUUCUGGGUCGUCUUGUACAUCGGAGCGACGACGACGGCCAGCGCGGAGGGAGUCGGUGUCCUGGAGGCUCUGGACUUCGGCCUGGAGCAAGCGCAGGCGAUGAUUGACAGGGAGCAACAAGAACUGUCAGAUCUUUCGCCACAGCUUCUCUUCGCGUUUCGAAAGGCAGAACCGGAAGCAACGAAACAAGCGAAGUGCACAGGACGAUUCCUUCUUGAAGCUUCUAAGAAACUGGCAAGAGAUAACCAGAUCUCAUCUGAGGAUGCGAGAGACUUCCUAGCACGACAGAGCGUAGAACUCCCGCUGGAGGAAUGUCAGCGCCGCGUGGAGAAGCUGGCAGGAUGCGACCUGGUUGAGCCCCCGACGCCCUCUUGCCCACCUGGCUUCCCCUACCGCUCCAUCGACGGGUCCUGCAACAACCUAGCCAACCCGAAGUGGGGGGCGGCCAUGAUCCCCUUCAGGAGGUUCCUCGACCCAGCAUAUGAUGACGGUAUAGACUCUAUGCGUGGCACUAACCGUUCCAAAGAACAGAGGCUACCUUCCUCUCGGACAGUGAGUGCCAUGUUGCAGAAGAUCGAGCAGCAACCAAAGAACAGCCUCAUAACCCUCAUGGUCAUGCAGUGGGGCCAAUUCACCGAUCAUGAUAUAGUUCACACCCCCGAGGCAGCGUUAGGAAUUAUGGAAGAAGAGACAAAACCCAUUUCGUGCUGCAUGAAUGGAGUCGAACCCUCCACUCCCGACGGGGCACGCGACUGCCAGCCCAUCGAUGUGUCCCAAGACUCGAUUCACAGUGCGUUCGGGAGGUCCUGCCUGCGGUUCGUUCGCUCCCUCAUCGCCAACCAGGGAUGUGUCUUGGGACCCCGCGAACAAGUGAAUCAAGUGACGGCAUAUUUGGAUGGUUCCUCGGUGUACGGGUCGAGGUCCCAGCUGGCACGGGACUUGAGGCUGCGCAGCGGUGGCCAGCUGAACCGCACGGCCGCUCGACGAAGUGGGCGUGGUCACCUUUUGCCCGUGAUGGAGUGUGAGGGGGAUGAGGGCGGGGCUACAGGAGGUGACUGUUUCAUGGCAGGUGAUGUGCGGGUCAACGAACAACCUGCCCUGGCCUCCAUGCACACACUAUGGGCUCGGGCGCAUAACACACUGGCAACACAGCUCUCCGUGGUGAACCCACAGUGGGAUGAUAACAUGCUUUAUGAGGAAACAAGACGAAUCAUUGGUGCCCUAAUCCAGCAAAUUACCUACCGAGACUUCCUGCCUGUCGUCCUUGGAGAGACCGCGAUGACGGACUUUAAACUAUAUCCUUUAAGUACAGGAUAUACUGAUGACUACGAGCCUACUCUGGAUGCCUCUGUUGUGAAUGUUUUCGGCACGGCAGCUUACAGAUUCGGCCACACUCUCAUUGGCGAUGUCCUGCGUGGCGACGGGACCGACCUGCACCUUGAGGACAGUUUCUUCAAGCCAGAACAGCUCUUCGAGGACCAGACGAGGCCUUCAGCGUUACUCGAGGGCCUCGUGAACACCAGCGCUCAGCCCUACGACACGUAUCUCGUUCCUGCGUUAAUCAACAGCCUCUUUAAGGGCCCUCAUGAUCCGGUCGGGAUGGAUCUGAUGGCUCUUAAUAUACAGCGAGGACGUGACCACGGGCUUCCUGCCUAUCCGGAAUGGAGGAAAAAAUGUAACCUGACCACCCUUGACUCCUUCGAUGACCUGCCUUUAUUUCUGUUCAAAUCCGCAGCACAAACGUUUCGAAGACUGUACCGGAGUACAGACGAUAUCGACCUGUUCCCAGCUGGUCUGGCCGAGCAGCCUGUACCCGACGGCCUGCUCGGUCCUACCUUCACCUGCAUCAUCGCCCACCAGUUCGCCAGACUCAAGCGAGGAGACCGAUUUUGGUUCGAAAAUCCUAACCAGCCUAAACCUUUUACUGAAGAUCAGCUGAAUUCUCUUCGAUCCGUAGGCCUAGCUUCGAUUCUCUGCCAAAACACCAUGAUUGAGAACAUUCAACCCAAUCCUUUUCUGAGCACAAACUCACCAGGUGUACCCUCGCCCCUUAUAUCUGGUGUCAUAUAUGAGGAAGUUGUACAAGGAGUUCAUGAUUUUUUGUGCUCAUAUAACCCGCAAUUCAGUGACAUGAGAGUAGUACUGUGA